GGAUGUUAAGCGUUUCAUGCAUGACCGACGCCGUCUCUGUUGCCCCCUCGUUGCAAACUGCCUCCCACUUGGUUCCGACAAUAGACAGGCCCGUGGCAGCAGUUAUAACGACAGGCAAACUGGACAGGGCCACCAUUGUGAGCUUCCACGAGAUCGACAGUGCCCAGGUGAUCGAUAUGGUGGCCAUCACUACAACCAUAGCAACGACGGGCAUGAAGCGCGAUAACAGAUUUCUUAUCUCUUCUGCAUGCCUGUCCAAGCAUUCGCCAAUGUCGCUUGCCGAGUUUUUGGGAUCAUCGAACCAUGAUUUUGGUUGUCGAAAAACGCCCCUUCAUCGCUUCCAGACGAAGAGCGUUUGCCCAAGCCUGACCAACGUGUUCCAUAAGGUACCGUUCUAGAAAUAUGGACACCCCGCUGAUGAUAGCAACCAUGAUCAGACAGGUAGCCCAUUCUCGACCAGCAGUAACUUGG